AUGGGUAAAGUCAAGAAGACAAGAAAGUUCGCCCAGGUGAAACGGGUUCUAAGCGCUCGCGACAGCCGGCUGCAGGCAAAGUCGGCGGCGGCCAGCAAGCAGCAGCAAGAAGACGCGGACCGCGCCGCCGUGGUGUGCCGCAUCCCCCAAGCCCCCUCCGCCAUGUUCUUCCAAGCAAACCAAGCGCUCGGCCCGCCGUACCACGUCCUGCUCGACACGAACUUCUUCUCGCACACCGUCCGCUCCAAGAUCGAGGUCCUGCCGGGCCUGAUGGAUCUGCUGUUCGCCAAGUGCGUCCCCGUCGUUACCGAAUGCUCCAUUGCAGAACUUGAGAAGUUGGGUGACAAGUACCGGCUGGCGCUGCGCCUGGCCAAGGAUGAACGGUGGGAGAGAUUGAAGUGCUCGCAUUCCGGGACGUAUGCGGAUGAUUGCAUUGUUGAGACUGUCAAGAAGCAUCGCUGCUAUUUGGUCGGUACUAACGAUAGGGACCUACGACGGCGCCUAAGGAAGAUACCAGGUGUUCCUCUCCUCGCGGUCGGGAAGGGAAGAUAUACUGUCGAGAGACUACCUGAGCAAUUUGCGUGA